AAUUUGAUAAAGAUCACAUUUUAUUUAAUAUGCAUAUUACCAAAAACAUAAAAGGAACUCGAAAUCAAUUGUGAAGAUUCUUAUAUAUAUCUUUUAAUCUUUGGCCAAAAAAAAAAUUAUAUUGAACGUUGAGAAGGAUUCUUUAAACUCUAAUUCUGUGAUUGCCAACAAUUAAAUGGGGUGUGAAAAAGAUUUGGAGAAUGCAUAUGAAGAUAUUUUGAGCAAAUUACCUGAGGAAAUUCAUUCUGAAAUAUUGUCACAUCUCUCAACAAAAGAUGCGGUGAGAAGCAGCGUUUUGUCGAGGAGUUGGAGACACACAUGGACCUCUCUUGCCGAUCUUGAUCUUGAUCUACACGGUCCAGUUGAUGAUACCCUCAACUCAUUCGUGGAUUCCGUAAACACGGCUCUGACGUUUCGCUCAUUCCCACUUGUCAAAACAUUUAGACUUAAAAUUGAAGGAGAGUAUUCGAGUUCAAGCUUAAAGUCAUGGAUUGAAGCUGCGAUUUCAUAUAAAAUUCAGGAGCUGGAUCUUUGCAUCCGACGAGCAGGUUUUCCAGAAAUAAAUAUAUCUAUGCCGAAUCUCAAGAUCCUUCGUCUCGAAUCAAUGAGGUUUCCAGUUGAUUGUAUGAUUGAAAGGAUGUUAUCAAGCUUCAUUAAUCUUGAAGAAUUGAUUUUAUAUAGAUUGAUUUUUACUCCUAAGACCGCUCCUAUCCAUAUCCGAUCUUCUUCAUUGAAAAUUUUAAAGAUUCACCUAAAUUAUCCAUUCGAAAUGGAAAACAUACAUUUGAAGUUUGUUGUUGAUGCGCCUAAACUUGAAUUUGUCGAGCUUGAUAGUUAUGGCGGUCUAAUAGCUGCUAUUCAAGCUAAUUCACACACUACAAUUCAGGCUAAUUCGCACACUAUAGAUAUAGAUUGUGUGCGUCUUUAUCUUGAAGCAUGUUUGUGUGAUUAUCUUCACUUCAAAUUAGAUACCGCAAUUCAAUCUUGCAUCGUUGGAUUUGUCACCAAUAUCUGCACUACUGUUAAAGUUCUAGCCUUAUCUCCAAACAUUUUUCAGUAUCUGUUCGAUGAAUUCAACAACAAUCUGCCUUCUUUUCCUAAAUUGAAUCAAUUGGUGGUCAAAUAUUUUCAAGUUGGCAUGCCGAAUCUGCUUGAUAUGCUCAGAAGUUCACCAAAUUUAAAAGUUCUUGUACUCAGUAAGAUUUAUAAAGAUUUUUUUUCAUCAGAAUAUUGGGAUGAUGAGCAAAAUGGUGUUCCCCAGUGCUUGAAAUCGUCCAUCGAAAAGUUUGAAUAUAAUGGUUACUCAGGCUGUUCAGAAGAUGUGAAAAUUCUAGAAUACAUCCUGAAAAACGCAAAGGCGUUGAAGAAAUGUUACAUCGUAGCAUUUUCUUCUAACGAUUAUGAGGAACCAUUCAAAGAAGAGCUUUUAAAUAAGUUAUCAGUGUUGUCAAAGACAUGUCAAGUUAAAAUUGAACAUUCUAAGUGGUCUCCACUUUCUUGAUUAAUUUAUAAAUUGAUCUUUAGCUCUCAAGUAGUUUUUAUAA